AUGGGCCGAGAGUCUGAGCUCGCUGAACAGUCGACCUCGUCCAGGUCGUAUCAACACCUCCAGCGGCAGUCGAACCGUAAGAGUGCAGCAUGUAUGAUACGGAAAGAAUCUGGCCUUCCUGGAAAUUCACAUCUGCUCUGUGAGGCUGUGGCACUCGUGGCAAUGUGGCCGAGUGGUCAACGUGACAAGCUCACAUGCUGCACUGUCACGGUUCAACUCCCGCUGGGAGUCGAAGGUAUGAAGACCAAGAUGGUGUGGCCUUUUGUGUGGUCGCAGUCCCCUUUCGUUGUAUAG